AGAAACAAGGUGCCGUUUUUUCUAGAAACCCGCGAGAGCGAUAUGGAGGAAGAGGAGCACGAGGUGUACGGAGGAGAAAUCCCAGACGAGGUAGAGAUGGAGGGAGAUAUGGACUCUCACCACGCCGACGUCGACAUGUCCGCCGCUGACGACGUUGCCGUUAAGGAGCUGGACGAGAUGAAGAAGCGGUUGAAGGAGAUGGAGGAGGAAGCCGCCGCUCUCCGCGAAAUGCAGGCCAAGGUCGAGAAGGAAAUGGGUGCGGUUCAAGACCCUGCUAGCGCAGCUGCUUCUCAAGCAGGCAGGGAGGAGACAGAUGCACGAUCGGUGUUUGUUGGCAAUGUCGAUUAUGCAUGCACGCCUGAAGAAGUGCAGCAACACUUCCAAUCAUGUGGCACUGUAAACAGGGUGACUAUUCUCACAGAUAAAUUUGGCCAGCCAAAAGGUUUUGCUUAUGUGGAAUUUCUUGAGACAGAAGGUGUUCAAGAGGCUCUUCUUCUGACUGAAUCUGAAUUACAUGGUCGUCAACUGAAGGUUUUGCCUAAAAGGACCAAUGUUCCUGGGAUGAAACAGUAUCGUCCGAGGCGUUACAAUCCUUACAUGGGGUUCCGGUUCAGGAGGCCAUAUGUUCCUCCUUAUUUCUACUCUCCUUAUGGAUAUGGGAAGGUUCCUAGGUUCAGAAGGUCGGCGCGAUACAUGCCAUACUACUAGGAGAGCUCAUUUGCAUCUUACGACUAUUAUGUUGGACAGACGCAGACAUAUUUAGGCUCAGAAGGCCAAUGCAAUGCACCUUAUCAUUAGAAGGUCAUUAGCAUCUUUAGACUUCAUGUUUGAUAUCUUCUUUUUUCUUUCUUCUUUCGCAUGAUAUCUAGAUAACAUAAAGCGCAGAUGUUGGAGAGUAAUAACUGUGCAUUAUUUCUGAUAUUAUUGUGUUAUUAACUUUAUGAGAAAGAUGAAAGUUGAAUUUUCGGUGACA